AUCGGAGUUUAUCGACGGAAUUGCACAAUUCAAUUUGCUAAAAUGCCGAAGCAGAUUCAUGAGAUAAAGGACUUCCUUCUGACAGCUAGAAGGCCUGACGCAACGUCUGUGAGGAUCAAGAAGAGCAAAGAUGUGGUUAAGUUCAAGGUCAGGUGCUCGAAGUACCUGUACACCCUCUGCGUGUUUGAUCUUCAGAAGGCUGACAAACUGAAGCAGUCCCUUCCACCUGGUUUGAGUGUUCAAGAUCUGUGAGCAUGCCACCCUGAAGAAUUUUCGUUGUUUAUUUUUCUCUAGAGAAAUUGAAUGAAAGAUUUAUUUAAAUGGAAUUUUGGACAUCUUCUGUAGUAAAUCAGAUUUUGGAAUUUUGGUGAUAUUUAUUCUCCCUUGCCUCUUUUGUUGAA